GCUUGUGAUGUCAUGACCCGUAAUAUCAAAACCAGAAAUCUGCCGCGAGAGAAUCAUGCUAACCUUCCUAAUCUUUUACUCUUAAAAUAAAAGUGCAGUUUCUUCCAUUUUUGUGAAGCAUUGGAGUGUAACUUGUCGCGCGGAUGUGGCUGUCAUGCAGGCAGUAGGUCUCAUUUUAUUAACUAAAUAAAUAUCUAGAAAAUGGAUGAAGAAGAAGUAUUUGAAGAUACUGUAUCUGUGACAUCAGAACCAUCAAAGCGUGACAAAGAGUAUAUAAGUCUUUCACGCUUUACUGUCUACCAUAGUGCAGAAGACAUUCCAUUGGAAGAACAAGAAGAAGCUGAUGGUGAUAAGGCAGUCACUGCAGAGAAUUGUAGACUAAUGGACAAACCUGCACAGUUCAGCACCAGUGACGCAGAAGACAAGAUUCCCACAAUGUCAAUUAAUGGACGUUCAGUGGACUUCGUACUGGUGUGGGAAGAAGAAGGAAGCAAAGCAGCAUCUAGUGCUGCAGCAAAUGCCAAGAUAAAACGAGAGAUCUUUGAAAAACAUUUGGAAGAAGAAGGUCUGAUUCUGGAACAUGAAAAAGUGAAGCAUUUGAAUUUUGUGAAAAUACAUGCUACUCAUGAAGUGCUGUGCCGUUAUACUGAAAUCCUGAAACUCCGUAUGCCAAUGAAAGAGUUUGAUGGUACAUACUUAGAGGAACCUUCAUUUGACAUAAUGCAAGAAGUCAAAUCACUUGUGAAGCGUGCCUUAGAGUUUGUACGAGUGGACCCCAAAGUGUUCAAGCCAGUGGAACGAAAGUUAACUGCAGAGUUUAGUCGAGAUAAAGAAUAUUUAUUUGAUGUCGAUGCACCGAAUUUCUUCACACCUGCAGUAAGGAUCCUAGUUGUUGAUUUUAUUUUACAGCGGCAGAAAUUUUCUGAGGAUUCUGGGGAUUUAUUUUCAUUUGGAAUCAAUAGAUUGAUUACAGAAGGUGUUUACAAGGCUGCUUAUCCUCUCCAUGACGGCGAUUUUAGGGACAGAUCAUGCAUGAGAGGUCUGUUAUUUCAUGAGUGGGCAUCUGUGCAAAAAUGGAUAAAAUUCCAGCCAGUAGAUCAUGUAAAAGAUUAUUUUGGUGUAAAAUUUGGAUUAUAUUUUGCUUGGCUUGGUUUUUAUUCUCAUAUGUUGAUACCUGCUUCAAUAGUUGGUCUUAUAUGUUUCUUCUAUGGAGUCUGUACUAUGUUUUCGAAUCGCUUAAGUCAAGACAUUUGCAAUGAAAGCUUAAACAUUACAAUGUGUCCACUAUGUGAUAGAACAUGUGAAUAUUGGAACCUAGCAGAGACGUGUACAUAUGCACGCAUCACAUACUUAUUUGACAAUCCAUUUACUGUGUUCUUCGCAAUAUUUAUGUCCUUUUGGGCAACACUGUUCCUGGAACUGUGGAAACGGUACUCAGCUAGCAUAGUACAUCGCUGGGGGCUUACUGGUUUUGAUCUCCAGGCUGAGCAUCCCCGUCCAGAAUAUCUGGCACGUCUUUCUCAUGUGAAGCGCAACAAAGUGAAUGUCGUUACUGGACUGGAGGAACCCUAUGUGCCAUUCUGGAAAGUGAGAGUGCCUGCAACCAUUCUGAGCUUCUCAGUUGUUUUGCUUCUGAUUGCUUUGGCCGUUGGUGCUGUUUUUGGAGUUGUACUUUAUCGUAUGUCAGUUUUGACCUCACUGUCACUGUAUCCAAAUAAUGAUGCCACGGGGUACAUAACUAUGUUUAUACCAGCAACAGCAGCUACAAUCAACUUGAUAUGCAUUAUGACUCUUAACUGGUUCUACGACUGGCUAGCAGUUCGCCUCACUGAAUGGGAGCUUCUUCGUACACAGACAGAAUUUGAUGACAGCCUUACAUUGAAGAUCUAUCUAUUUCAGUUUGUUAACUACUACACAUCUAUUUUCUACAUAGCAUUUCUCAAAGGAAAAUUUGUGGGUUAUCCCUCAAAAUACAACAGAAUUCUUGGUUAUAGACAAGAGGAGUGCAGUCCAGGUGGUUGUCUUAUGGAAUUGUGUAUACAGCUAGCUAUUAUAAUGGUUGGAAAGCAAGCAAUGAAUAGCAUACUGGAAAUGGUCAUACCACUGCUACAGAAAUGGUACAAUACUUUCAAACUGCUAACUGGACUUGGAAAAGAAGAUGAUGCAAAAGCUGUGAGCAGCACUCGCUGGGCCCAAGAUUAUAGGCUUUUGGACUGGGGUCCGAGAGGACUUUUUCCAGAAUAUCUGGAAAUGGUUUUACAGUAUGGAUUUGUUACAAUUUUUGUCGCGGCCUUUCCACUGGCUCCAUUCUUUGCGCUUCUCAAUAAUGUGCUCGAAAUGAGACUGGAUGCAAAGAAGUUCCUCAAAUUUUAUAGGCGUCCUGUGCCUCACAGAGUUAAAGAUAUAGGAGUAUGGUUUCGCAUACUUGAUAUAAUUGGAAGACUAGCUGUUGUGACAAAUGCAUUUAUUAUUGCAUUUUCCUCAAAUUUCAUUCCACGUUUAGUGUAUAUGUCAGUCGUCAACCCAAACCAUACAGAUGAGGGUUUCCUGAAUCAUUCGCUAGCAUAUUUCAAUACAUCAGAUUUUCCAUCACACUACGCACCCCGCCAUCCAGAAAAUGUCACAAUGUGCAGGUACUUAGAAUAUCGCAAUCCUCCCUGGGACCCUCAUCCAUAUAAGCGGCCACCCAUUUACUGGCAUGUUCUGGCAGCAAGACUGGCAUUUAUAGUUGUUUUUCAGAAUGUUGUGGGAGUUGUGAUGGCUGCAGUGGAGUGGUGUAUACCUGACAUGUCUCGGAAACUGCGGGAUGAAAUAAGACGUGAAGCAUAUUUGACAAAUGAAAUCAUCAUUAAACAGGAGGCAAUGAGAGCUCGUGCUCGCUUGAGUCAAGUCAGUUCAGGGGAAUUCUUGGAAGCUGAGAGAAAAGGAGGAUCUGGUGAAAAUGGUAUUAGACAUCGUGAAGGUCAAUGGAACAAUCUUGUUGUUUGAGUUGCAAGUUAUUUAUUAUUUUUAUUAAUAAGGUAAAGUGCAUAAAAAUACUGUUGUAACUUUACAGGCUUUAAGCAGUUAAUUUAUUAAAAAGAUAAGUGGCUUAUGUCAAGAGAAGCCAGCACUGUGAAUUUCUUUAUAAGUUCCUUUUUGUAUGUUUUACUCUGAGGAAGUAUAAUCACAUUCAAUUUCAUAUUUACUUCAGAUUACUAAUAGUUUUAUGUAAAUGUAUAAAACUGCUUCUAAUGUUAUAGAAUGUAAAGGUUUUCAACAAAGAUCUAUAUUCUCAUGGCUAUUUUGUAUAAAGUUGUAUUCUAAAGAACAGAGGCAGUAAACUUUUUGUGGUCACAUAUCUAUUAUUGCCAAUAUAUUUAUAUUUAUUAACAUAUUUCAGAAUUUCAUAUCUUCAUUGCAAGAAGAGGAACAGAUCUGAAAUAUAUUUUGCUACUGAAAUAGUGAAAGUUUAUGAAAAACAUGUAGCAGCUAGGUUUUUACAUGAAAAAGCAAUUUGGUAUUGCUUUUCAAGUUGUCAGUUGGUCAGUAAAGAGUCCUUUUUAUUUUAUGUUUAUGAUGGAAUUGAAUUCUGUCAUUUUUCAUACGUAGUUGAGGCAUUGUGAAGUUAAAGCUUUCCAUAGUGUAUAUUGUAAAUGUGUGUUGUGGUACUGAAUGUUGGUACUUAAAUUUUUAUUGUUGAGUAAUGGAUGAACAAUUUUAUGAUGUGUUGUUUGUAAUGUGAUUUUUAUAUUCUACUCAGUAAAUGAUAAUGAAGGGAUAGUCUAGCUUUUAUAUUUGUAUAUUUAAAUGUUACAGAUGUUUUUAGACAUUUUGUAAUUUUUUUGCUAAUCCUUUAAUUAUUGAUAUAAAUACAUCACAAUUUAUAUUAUUUAUAACAAAAAAAUAAUGUAGUGUAAAAGUUUCAGUUCAAUGAAAGUGAUUCCAAAGUUGCAUUUAUAAUGUGAUUUAUGAAAAGAAGCAGAUCCUACUGCCAAAAUACUUUGUUGUUUUAUGUGAUGUAUGCUUCGUGCCUGCACUUUAAGCUUUCUCUGGUACCUGAAAUUAAUGUUAGUUUGAUAUGCAUUUAAUUAAAGGAAAACAGUCUUGUCAUAGGCAUCAUACUGCAUAUAUAUUUCAGUGAAAAUGUUAUUGUACAGAAAGUUAUACAUAAAGACACUUUUAUAUACUUUUAUUGAAAAUUAUGUUCCACUUAUUAAAAUACAAUAAUACAAUAUUUUCUGUAACUGGUAAUCUUUUUGCCAGUAUGACAACUAAUCAGAAAUUUACCAAAAGUGUUUGUAGACUGGUUGUUCUGCAUGUCACAUAUAUUUAUGUUCUUCCAGGGAAUGUGUAGGGUUGUGAAUAAUGAAUCAAUAUAUGUUAUAAACUCCACAGGAAGGUAUUAAGAUGUGCUAAGCACUGUGAAAUGAGUACCCAUUUGUAUUAUUAGGGAGCAGAAAUUUGUAUGAACUACUAAUAGAUGCAGUUUUGAGAUAAUUGAAGAAAAAAAUGUUAAGUGAAGUAGCUGCAAAGCUGCACUGGAUGCCAAACAAUAUAAAAGAGAAAUUUUUUCCAGUCGCAUUGGGGUUAAUUUUUAUCUCCAGCAAUAAUUGUCUGCAUUUCAGUAAUUUCUUAUAAAAAUCUAACAGGUACUGCUAACUCUAUCUUUACCUUUAAUAAGUGGAACCUGACUUCCACCCUGUCAGUUAAGAGAGUUUCAAAUUUUAAGAGUGCUGGUCAUUAUUAUUGUUAUCUACUGUCACAGCUACGUAGCACGUACUGUCCUUGUGUCCCUCUGCCUGAGAUUAAGGUUUUUGUUUCCUAUGUGAACACUUACUGUGCCAUUAAUAGCUUCAUAAGCCUCAUUUCAGACUUUACACCCAUGUAAUUCUGACCGAACAACUCAUUAUUUGUUACAUGAAUUCAGCAAUGAGCUCUUUUUGCCAUGUUCCUGUACAUUAUAAAAAAGGAGGGACAAAAUAUCUAGUUACAGAACCAGUGACAGCUCAUCUGUUUAGCCAUUUACACCACAACUACUUACAACAAUUCAUUUCUGGAGAUCUGCUAAAGCCUGUGUACCAUGAUACAUAGUAGUACCCACUUCUUAAUGGCAUGUGAAGUCACCUUAGGAGAGGUUUGAAUAAUUUUCUUUUUUACUAUACUGGCAUUUAAAAAAUGUUACAUUCUAGCUAUUCUAGAAUUAUGAUUACUUAGUUAGUUCCUUGUUUUUCUUCUUUUUAAUUACUGUGCCUCCAUCUUGCCAAAUGUAUUAACCUCUAUUUCAUCUGUUCCUUUUAGUUGCAAAUGUCAAAACGUUUUCAUGACUAAGAAAUGCUAGUUUAAACUGUUAAGACAUUUGAAUAAAGAUCAGUAAAAAGGUUGUAAAUUCAAUCAAAACUUAGAUUUUUGUAAUAAAAAUAUUUACCUAACCAUUUGGAGUCAAAUGCUUCAGUUGUAUGUUAUUCUGGUCUACAUGAAAAUAUAGCCAGUGUUUCCCAGGUGACCAUACACAGCAAAUGUUAUACAAAUCCUAAAGUUGAGGUGUAUUUUCUGGCCAGUAAUUAUCUUCAGGAGCAGAAAUUUAAUUAAUGCUUACAGACACACAUGUACACUACACAGCCUUUUAGAACCAAUAGUUUCUUCGUUGGGUCGUAGAGAAGGAAAUGUUCAGGAUAACUAAGAGAGAGGGCAGGUUACUCAGACCCCAGAAUGAGAGGACUGCUGUUGUCAGGAUGGGGGAAAAAUAUAAAGGUCUUAAAUUGAAUAGGAUGUCCAUCACAGUCUAUGAAAUACAGCAAUGUGUGUAUUAUAAGCAAAAUUCAAUUGAAUACAAAGAUAGCUGAUCCAAAAAGAGUUUGAAUUAAAUUAUAUCAUUUGGUAAUGACUUUGCUGAAGACAUAAUCACACUCGGAGCUAGACCCUAUCAUCUAGUGUUUUCAAUAGAAGAAAAAAGUCAAUGAAAUUUGCUGAAACCAACGAGAAGAAAAAAAUCAUUAAAAUGUUAUGUCGGAAGAGACAUACAAAAAAGUAAUGAAAGAGAGAAGCUACAAGGUUUGAACACUUCUUUUAAAAAUAAGUGUUUCCCUCUUUUUUGUUGUCUGUCUGGUUUGGUGCUGUAUGUUGUUAUGCUACGCUAAUCAUCACCUGUCAUUGAAUGUUAAACAAUUGCAUGAAAAUUUCAAAAUUGUUCACAAACAAAAUUAAAUGAAGUAUCAAUUGUUGUUCUGAAUUAUGAAAUUAUGUUGUUUGUGAUUCUUUCCCUAAUCAGUAAAAUCUUCCACUAAUGUGUUCAGUGCAGUGUGUGUAGUUGUGUUUUGUACACUGUAUAUAGUUAAUGUAGUUUGUAAUAAGUGUGUUGAUUCUCCUUCGAUUGACUCUAAUAACAGUUCUAUUUGAAAUGCUGAUAGACAGUUGAGAAAACUCCCAUCAUUAGUUUCAUUAAUUGACCCAAGUGAGGGUCAGCUCUGAUUUACAUUUUGAUCAAUUCAGUCUAAAGAAGAUUAAUGAUUGAUGAUAAAUAACGAAUUUCAUUGGGAUGUGCUUGUGAUUUAUCUUCUAAUAUACACACUGCAUUCUCUCAAAUUUUCCAGAGAAGUCAAUAGGCAGGCCAUCAAGAAAUGCAUAUCUGUAAUGACAAAACUACAAUGAAGGAAAACACCAUAUUUCCAUCUACAGUCUUCUGCUGUUUACUUUCAAUUCAGAAGUAGGAUAAGACUAUAUUCAGUCAUUUCUUUGCUGGUGAUCUAUAUUUUUAUAGUAUUUCAGUGGCAUAUAUUUUUUGUCAACUAAAUAUUUAAUUGUUGUUUGAUGUGCUGAACUCAUGAUGAUUUUAAAAAUGUUAGUGAAGUUAAUGGGCAGAUUAGUAUUCAUGUAAUCCUCUUAGUAUAGCACAGUUCCAAAUUCUAAUGUAUGCUUACUAUUCAUUGAUAGCCAUACAUUAAAGUGUCUUGGCUAUGUCAAACUAGCCAAUGUACAGAUGAUUGUGUUUUAAAAGUAAUUAAAUGGAAAUGUUUAAUUCUGACUUCAUCAUCAUACUGUUGUUGGCCUCAAUUAAAAAUCAGGUAAAUAGAGGGCAGUUUUUACGUCAUGUUGAAUUUGAUUGUCUGUCUAGUGUUGCAGACAAAGUAUAAUUCCAGAUUAUGAGUCGCAAAAUACACAAAAAAUGUCGGCCUUGAAUGACUAGCUAAGAUCUAGCAAGUUUUCUCAAAUGGUAGAUAGGUUGUAUGCCACUCACCAAGUGAGAGAGAGGUUGACUUUCCUUAUUUUCAUUUAUUGUAUCACCCUGCAAAUUUUAUCAUCAUAGUUGCCAGAAGUGCAUAAAAUAUCUAACACUUUAUCUAAGUUGUGUUUAUGUUGUAUGCAAUGCUAAGAGACAUCCAGAUGCUGACAGAAACUGUGCUGAGUAUGGAAAUUAAAAGUGUAGCAUAAAUAACAAUCAAAUUUUAUUAAGACAUAAAAUGCUUUGAGUAGAUAAUCUCCUCAAAGUCAGUGUAAAAUAGAGUGCAACUGUGUAAGAGCCUCUGCCACUCAUGUAAUCUGAAAAUAUCAAGUGUUACCAACAAUUUGAUCACUGGUGCAUUCUUGAUAUGUGAAAAGUUUUUUUUUAGUGCUUUAUGAUGAUGUGUGUUACACCUUUUUACAGCUUUGACAACUGUUUAUCUUGUCUUUUUAAUGUAAUAAGUUUUUUUAGUAACUGAGUCAUUAGAAGACUGUAUUCAUAUUCCUGCAACAUUCCAUUUGAUGCUUAACCCUCUCACUGCUAUCGGCGUGUAUACAUGUUCUGUAAUGCUGUUACCCAGGUGCAACACUUAGGUUUUUCCUACAGUGCUAUGGCAAUCUGCAUGCAUCCUGAUUCGCAAACCUCUCACUACUGCGGAAGAGUUUCUUCCAUAUUUCAGUGAUUACAAAAGUUUGAGUAUUUGUCAUACAACAUAUUUGCCUCAUUGCAUGCUAUCAUCUGCAAAAAAAAACUUCGUUUUGAUAUCGUGAAUCAUUUGAGAUAUGACAAUUGUUAUGGCCACAUGUUCACGAAUGGAUGCAUCAGGCGUAGCAAUUCUUUGUGUGUAAAAUCAAGUAAUUUGAGAAUUAAAUGAGAUAUCAUUAUGCUCUCAGUUUUAAAUGAAAGCUUGAUAUCUUACCUACAUGUUACUCACCGCAUUGUAUGAGGUAAAGGAAAGCAUAUACAAAGUUUAAACAGUGAGUUUCACCUUUGCAAAAUCUUUAAAAGUUUGUGCAGUGUUUAAUUUAAUUUGAAGUAGUGCAGUAAGUUUGAUGGAAACACAAGAAAUUCAGUUCUUCUUAAAGUGAAGAUAUCAGACUGUAAGAUGCGCAAAAAUCAAAUUUUUUCACCCAAUAGUUUUUGAAAAAUUUGAUCAUGUGUAUUUCAUAAUGGCUGGAAUGCUCUCUCUCAGCACAGGUGCCAGCAGUUGGUGCACAGCACAGCCAUGACAAAAGCUUGCUCAACACAGAAUGUAGAGAGCACAUCAUGGCAGUGAAAGGGUCAAAAAGCAUUUAAAAACUCAAGGACAGGAUGUUUACUUAAAAUCACUACAAAUUUUGGUUUUGUCCCUUUUAUUUUAGCCCUUUAUGUAUAUCAGUGUAAUGUACAGAAUAACAACUCAUUCAAAGAUUUUACCAAGAUGCUUGAUAUUUUAAUAGUUUAAUCCAAAUUUAUGUAAAAUCAAACUUCUUUCUGCAUAGCAAUAAAGUCUUUCAAUGAU